AUGAUCAUCUUAAAACGUUUUUUCUCUCUUUCUAUUUCCCUCUUUCUUUCUCUAUCGAUCACUUUCACUCUCCCUAUAAUACUUCUUCUCAAUCUCCUUCUUCCUCUCCUUCUCUCUUUCUUUCUCCUCUCCUUUUUCUAUUCUCUGUCUCUCUCUCCUUCCUUCCUCUUCUUCUUUUCUCUUUCUUCUUCACUCGCUCCUUAUGUCUUCCUUUCCCUCUGUCUUUAUCUGUAUCUUUUCUUCUCUCUCCCUCCUCUCUCUCUUCUUCUCUAUCUCCUUUUACAUCUCCUAAUGUUUUUUCCUUCUUCUUCUUCUUCUUCUUCUUCUUCUUCUUCUUCUUCUUCUCUCAUCUCCACCUUCUCUCUCUUCUCUCUUUCUCCUUAUCUCUUUUUUGUCUCUCUCUCCUCCUUUCUCUCCUUCUUUAUUUCAUCCUCUCUCUCUCGCUCUCUCUCGCUUUCUCUCUUAUUUUCUCUUUCCUUUUCCCACUUUUCCCUCUUUCCCAGAUUCAAAGACGAAAUGUGGCAGACGUUACGGAACUGUCAUGCAAGACAGACUAGAGGCGUCGACUCGACACAAGCUAUGCCUCCUUCAUCACCAGCAGGUUCCUGA